UCAUGAUGGCGCUGCGCUCAACGCGAAAGGCGCGUGAGUGCUGGAGCUUCAUCCGGGCACUUCAUAAAGGACCCGCAGCUGCUUCCGCAUGCCAGAAAGAUGCCAUGAGGCGGGUAUUCUCUGGCAUUCAGCCUACAGGAAUCCCCCACCUUGGCAAUUACCUCGGAGCCAUUAAUAACUGGGUGAGAUUACAGGAGGAACAUGGCUCCAUGUUGUACAGCAUCGUUGACCUUCACUCCAUCACUGUCCCCCAAGACCCAGCCAUCCUUCGGCAGAGCAUUUUGGACAUGACUGCUGCUCUUCUUGCCUGUGGCAUAAACCCAGAGAAAAGCAUCCUUUUCCAACAAUCUCAGGUGUCUGAACACAUACAAUUAAGUUGGAUCCUUACCUGCAUGGUCAGUCUACCCCGAUUACAACAUCUGCACCAGUGGAAGGCAAAGGCUGCCACACAGGAGCACAAAAGAAUCGUGGGCCUGCUCACAUACCCAGUACUCCAGGCAGCUGACAUUCUGUUGUACAAGUCCACACACGUUCCUGUCGGGGAAGAUCAAGUCCAGCACAUGGAGCUAGUUCAGGAUCUAGCACGAGGAUUUAACAAGAAGUAUGGGGAGUUCUUCCCAGUGCCCAAAUCCAUCCUAACAUCCAUGAAGAAGGUAAAAUCCCUCCGUGAUCCUUCUGUCAAAAUGUCAAAAUCAGAUCCUGAUAAACUGGCCACUGUCAGAAUAACAGACAGCCAAGAGGAGAUAGUACAGAAAUUCCGCAAGGCUGUGACGGACUUCACCUCGGAGGUCACCUACGACCCGGACAGCCGCAGGGGUGUGUCCAACCUGGUUGCCAUUCAUGCCGCAGUGACAGGACUCUCUGUGGAGGAAGUGGUCCGCCACAGUGCUGGCAUGGACACUGCACACUACAAGCUGGUGGUGGCAGAUGCUGUGAUUGAGAAAUUUGCUCCAAUUAAGAGUGAAAUUGAAAAGCUGAAGAUGGACAAAGGCCACUUAGAGAAGGUUUUACGAGUUGGGUCAGUUAAAGCCAAAGAAUUAGCAUAUCCUGUGUGCCAGGAGGUGAAGAAAUUGGUGGGGUUUCUCUAGGAUGUUGCCACUAAUCGACUAACCAUGAAAAGGCUUUCAUGUCUUGUGGUCAGUGCACUCCAAUAAAGGCAGCUUUCUUCACAAGCAAAAAAUUAUUGUUUGGGGACAUUUAAUUUGGUACACAUAAUCACUGGUUUCAUUUGAUGAAUAAGAUUUGUAGCCUUCAAAUACAACAGUGUUAAAUCCCAAUCAGCAACUGCUGUAACCAAAACAAACAAAACGGAGAACAUACAGCCACCUGAAUCUUCAAAUGUUUGAGGCACACUCCUUGACCUGAAUUUAUCUAUGUAAAUCUGAGGGCAGUUAACAGUAAUUUAGCAAGUGAGUGUAUCAUUUGUGUCUCUCUGUGGAGUAUGUACUAGCUCAGGUGCUCACUUUAUCUUAACUCUUUUAAAAAGUAGUAUGAGAGGUCUUAGCCUUACAAUCUUUGGCAUGUCGUUUGGACCAAUUUGUAUUCAGAUCUUAUAAAAAUAAGUUGAUUACCAUCACUCAUUUGUCACUGAGAUGGCACCUGCUUUAAUGUAUUUAAACUGCUUACCUUGUUCCCCUUUAGACCACACUGACUGUUCCAGCUUUUUUUUUCUUUAUUUCAGAAAUACAUGAUACAAUCUUAUGAGAA